CAAUCUGCGCACCGGGACCUUCACGUGUCUGGAAGCGGCUGAUCAGAGACUCCAGAGCGGAUCCGACGGUUCGGCGGCUGCCGGUCUGCAGAGGAACCAGGUCUCCUGGUCCAACAUGGCGGCGGCGCUGUGCAGGAGAGGAGCUGCAGUCCGUUGUAUUCACAGGGAGUUGUACAGAGUUGUUUGGGGGUCUCAGACUGUUUUCUUCAGCUCCAAUCCAACAGACAGAAAACAACUGCGCAGGACACACAUCAACUUGGAUCUAGUUCAGAGCCUCUUCCUGCAGAAGAUCAGAGAAUACAACCAGAUGUACAGGUUGAACUCCGACCAGGUUCUGGACGAUCCAGUUCUCCACAGACGGUUCUCUGAGGAGACGAUCAAACUGCAGCAGCAGUUCGGAGGAGGAGAUCUGACCAGUUUCCCCGACUUUCACUUCCCGGAACCUGAGCUGGACCCGGACUCCAGAUGAUCCUGGAACCUGAGCUGGACCCGGACUCCAGAUGAUCCUGGAACCUGAGCUGGACCCGGACUCCAGAUGAUCCUGGAACCUGAGCUGGACCCAGACUCCAGAUGAUCCUGGAACCUGAGCUGGACCCGGACUCCAGAUGAUCCUGGAACCUGAGCUGGACCCGGACUCCAGAUGAUGCUGGACUGCUUCAUCACCACCUUGCUGCAGCUCAUCCUCGUCUUUCUUCCUCACGUCUUGUUUUCCUCUCUCUGCCUCCAGGCAUCACUGCCUGUGCAGCCUGGGUUUGUGGAGUUUGCAUGUUCUUCCUGUGUGUGUGGGACACUUCCUUCAACAGUCCAAAAUCCCAAUGGAUUACUGUGUGACUGUGGAGUUCAGCAGCCGUCCUGCAGAUGGUGCCAGAUUUUCUCAGCGUGUUUGACUUUCAUUUAGACGUCGAAGUAAUGUGGAUCACAUGAAACAUGAAAAACCACCCAUGGAAGCGAAGAGAGGUCUGGAGCAACAUGGGAAGAGUUCUGCUUUAAAACAUCUGGCCUCCACUUUGUUGUAGACAACCAGACUUAGGCCAGAUCAGAUCCAACUUCAGGAUGAAACAUUUGAAAAGCACACUGCAGUGAUGGGAGGCGCCAGGUGAAACAGCAGCAGCUUUCCUCCGAGGCUCUCUGAAGACGGAUUUCAUUUCAACCAGGAAACAUCUGGAUUCUCAUCUCGUUUCACAUCAAUCAACCACUUUGUUCUGUGCAAUAAUAAAGUAGAUUUGAACAAAAACGCUUCACCUGUCAAACAGCCAAUUUUUUAAAAGAUGACGUUUAAAGGUGCAAUAAGUCAUGGUAUUAACCGUACUCCCCGCCCACA